AUGGGGUUAUUGUCAAGAAAAGCCACGUGCAACUCACAUGGCCAAGAUUCUUCUUACUUCUUAGGAUGGCUUGAAUAUGAGAAAAACCCUUACCAUCAUCUCCAUAACCCUAAUGGUAUCAUUCAAAUGGGUCUUGCAGAGAAUCAGCUGUCGUUUGAUCUUUUAGAGACAUGGUUGGCUAAAAACCCAGAAGCUGUAGGGUGCAAGAGAGAUGGGCAAUCCAUUUUUAGAGAGCUUGCUCUUUUCCAAGAUUAUCAUGGCCUUCCUGCAUUUAAAAAGGCAUUGGUUGAUUUCAUGGCUGAAAUCAGAGGAAACAAAGUGAGUUUUGAGCCAAAUAACAUAGUCCUCACCGCCGGUGCAACUUCCGCCAAUGAAACUCUCAUGUUCUGUCUUGCUGAACAUGGCGAUGCUUUUCUUCUUCCUACGCCGUAUUACCCAGGAUUCGACAGAGAUCUCAAAUGGAGAACCGGUGUUCAGAUAGUACCGAUCCACUGUACCAGCUCCAAUUGUUUUCGAAUCACAGCAUCCGCCAUUGAAGAAGCUUAUCAACAAGCACAAAAAAAAAACUUAACAGUGAAAGGAAUCUUAAUCACCAACCCAUCAAAUCCAUUAGGCACAACAAUGACAAGACCCGAACUAAACCUGCUCAUCAACUUCAUCACCGACAAACAAAUCCAUUUAAUCAGUGACGAAAUAUACUCCGGCACCGUGUUUAAUUCCCCAAGCUUCAUAAGCAUAAUGGAAGCUUUAAAAGACAUGAACAUGGAGAAGAACAACAGAGUUCAUAUUGUUUAUAGCCUUUCUAAAGAUCUGGGUCUCCCUGGUUUUCGUGUCGGUGCAAUUUAUUCCAACGAUCCCACCGUCGUGUCCGCCGCCGUGAAAAUGUCGAGUUUCGGUCUUGUUUCUUCACAAACUCAGUACCUUCUUUCAGUCAUGUUAUCCGACAAGAAAUUCAGGAACCAUUACAUUGUUAAAAACCAAAACAGGCUUUUAAAGAGACAGAGGAAACUGGUUUCCGGCCUGGAAAAAUCCGGCAUUCGUUGCUUAGAAAGCAAUGCUGGGUUGUUUUGUUGGGUUGAUAUGAGACAUCUUUUAAGCUCCGACACGUUUGAAGCUGAAAUGGAGCUUUGGGAAAGGAUAAUUUACGAUGUUAAACUCAACAUUUCUCCUGGUUCUUCGUGCCAUUGUAAUGAACCAGGGUGGUUUAGGGUUUGUUUCGCUAACAUGUCGGAAGAUGCACUUGAACUUGCCAUGCAAAGGUUAAAAUCCUUCGUUGGUUCCAUUGAAAAACAUAAUCACCAAGAGUCGGAAAAGUUAAGGAAAGAAUCCCACAUUGGGAAAUGGAUUUUCAGGUUAUCGUUUCAGUCCUUCAAUGAACAAGAUCAACGAUAAAGUCAUUCAAGCCAUAACUUUUACCUAGUGUGGACAUGCAUAUAUGUAUUUGAUAGGCGAGCUUAGAGAUCCAACCCAGACUGGUGUCAACUGCAUUCGGUGUGAACAUAUUAUGGAUUUAAAUAUAUAUAAGAAGAAAGGGGUAGAAGCUGUUUAGAGAUCCAACCGGUACUGGGAUCAACUGUGUUCGGUGUCAACAUUUUAUUGAACUGAGG